AUGGCCAGUUUGAAGAAAAAAUUGCCAAUGGAAUGUGAGCUUCUUAGCACUGCUGUUGCCACCGCCACCGCCAUCGCCACCACCCCUGCCGCAAUUGACGCGGCCACUCCCCACGCCAUCGCUGCCUCUCCCAAAGUGCCGCCGCCACCUCCGGUGUCGACGCUGCCGCCGCCAACACUACCUACGACGCAGCAUCCCAAAUCAUCGGAAACAUAUGUCAUCCCUCCAACUUAUACUGUAUCUCCAUUGCCACUGUUGUUGCCACCACCACUGCCACUCUCGUCAGAUAUGUUAGACCUGCACCAGCCAGCAGUGCCAGGAGCUCCUGCUUUUGCUGCUCCAUUGCUGCCACUGUCGUCAUUUCGUCUAGAAGCAACGGCCACAGCUACUCCAACCACAAACGGACCAGCACCAAUAACAUAUGCAACAGUUGUGGUCACACCAACCACAUCUGUAUGA